GACUGUCAGAUUAUUGCGUUGACUCAUUAUAAAAAUUCUAUAAUAAAAUCAAGCAAUGUACUUUCUCUCAUAGUGAAAACCUAUAAUUACUCUAUUUUUCUUAAAUUUGCUUUUUAAAAGUUUAUCAUUAAACAAGUAAAAAAAAUUAAUUAUUUAAAAUGAGUUUUUUAAGUAAAGUUUUCGGUGGAAAACAAAAAGAUAAAGCUCCCACGACUGGGGAAGCUAUACAAAAACUUCGAGAAACUGAGGAAAUGCUCACCAAGAAGCAGGAGUUUUUAGAACGUAAAAUCGAUCAAGAACUUGCUGCUGCUAAAAAACAUGGAACAACUAAUAAACGAGCUGCAAUACAAGCUUUAAAACGAAAGAAGAGGUAUGAAAAACAAUUACAACAAAUCGAUGGAACACUUAGUACAAUUGAAAUGCAAAGAGAAGCUUUGGAAGGAGCAAAUACGAAUACUGCUGUUCUGGAAACAAUGAAGAAUGCUGCGGAUGCUUUGAAAGCUGCACACAAAAAUAUGGAUAUUGACGAUGUUCAUGAUAUGAUGGAUGACAUUGCUGAACAACAAGAUGUCGCUAAAGAAAUUUCAGAUGCAAUUAGCAAACCAGUUGCAUUCGAUUCAGAAAUAGAUGAUGAAGAACUUGAAAAAGAAUUAGAAGAAUUAGAGCAAGAAGAACUUAAUAGAAAACUACUUGAAUUCGAUGAUCCAAGCAAAUUGCCAACCGUACCUACUGAUGAACUUGCUAGCAAAGAAAAACCAUCAAAAGCAAAACUAUCCAAAGAAGAAGAAGACGAAAUAAAAAUGUUGGAAUCAUGGGCGUCAUAAAUCUAAUGUGAAGCAGCCGCAGAAAUAAAUCACUUUGUUGAACAACAGCCCAGUUUUUAAAGACAUCGUUAAGGAUGUUGUUCCAGUACAACAUUCACUUAAAAGAAGAUUUAAAUAUUAAAUAGGCUUUCGAUAAUAUAAUUAAUUGUGUAUAUAAAAUAAAAUAACGAUU